AUGUCCAUAGGAAGCUACAAUGCGUUUGGUUCGAACUUGGCCCGGCGGCAGAACUUCGCCAACUCCAGUAACAGGUCCUACUACUCAAGUAUCGGAUCGCACACGAAAAGUGAACAUAUGUGGUGGAACUAUGCUGACAAUGGCAAGAACACAGUCCACAACCACCGCGCUCUUCUCUAUAGCAGCGCCGCGCGCGGAGAGGAAGAGAUAUGGGAUCUGUCCGACUCCCUGGCCGACCUUUACAGUCGUGUCAACGAAGAGAACGCUGCGGCGGCGAACAGCUUCACGAUCCACCGCGACCACAGCAAGGAUGUCGACGUAAAGAAGUGGAUUAACGAGGACACUAGUCACGGCUUUAUACGAGUGUUUGUACCCAACAGUGAUAUAAAUACAUCUCGCCUCAUUCCGUGCACGCUGCGUACGACGGCCCAGCGUGUGUGCAUGCAGUGCGGUAUACCGGCUACCUCACUGCACGUGCAGUUUAAUGGGGACAUUAUCACUCGAAUGGAACCGACUGACCAUCCGCUGGCGGUACAGAAUGAAUUUUUAGGGAAUCUCGGUUAUUCGGAACCCAAAAAAAUACAAGAACAAGGAUAUAAUAAUGAACUUCAUUAUCUUGUAAAAUUCUAUUCAGGGAAACCAAUUGAGGACAAUACCUACUCCAAGAAUCAGUUAUCGUCAAUCUUGUUCGUUCGCAAAGGGAAACUGAUCUACCAAUGGAUUCAACGGUUUUGUUCUAUUUCCGGUACACGGCUUUUUAUACACAGAGAAACGACUCCACUCCAUGUUACCUCCACGACUCCGGAAGUAUGUGAAUCGACAUCUGGAUUGAAGAGGCAUAUGGUGAUGCGCAAGGAUGACCUACCACAGCAACAUCCGUUUAACCCUGUGAAAUCUCUGGGGUACACCUAUCUAUCUAUCUAUCUAUCUAUCUAUCUAUCUAUCUAUCUAUCUAUCUAUCUAUGUCCGUGUCUAUCACUAUUCUAUCUUUGCCAAAUCAUAGAGAUUAAAGAAAAGCACUGUGAAAUGCGAUGA